AUGCCGAAACGGGACUACGUACAAGAUAAAGAAAGCGUGAAGACAUUUUUGUCUGAAUUUUGCAAGGAGGAUGAUAACGGCAAAAAACAGUUCGUUUACGCCAAUCAACUUGUGAAGAUUGCUCAUCGCGAACAGAUACUGCUCACAAUAGAUCUCGAUCAUGUGUCUGAAUUUAAUGAAGAACUGGCCGAGGCUAUCAUUAAUAACAGCAGACGCUAUGCGAGCAUAUUCAGCGACGCCAUUGCAGAAUUGUUGCCGACCUUUAAGGAACGUGAAGUGGCCGCCAAAGACGCUUUAGAUGUGUACAUUGAGCAUCGUUUGUUGAUGGAAUCGCGCUCGCGCAAUCCUAUGGAACAACAUGAUCAGCGUAACAACUUCCCACCCGAGUUGAUGAAGCGAUUUGAAGUGGCCUUCAAACCGCACUCCAAUGAAAAGGCCAAGUCCAUACGUGAAAUCAAAGCAGAACAUAUCGGAAAAUUGGUAACGGUACGUGGUAUUGUGACGCGUUGCACCGAAGUUAAGCCGAUGAUGGUUGUGGCUACGUACACUUGCGAUCGUUGUGGUUCUGAAACGUAUCAGCCAGUAAAUUCGCUAACAUUUAUACCGGUGCAAGAUUGCCCCUCAGAUGAUUGUCGCAUUAACAAAGCGGGCGGUCGACUGUACUUACAAACGCGUGGCUCCAAAUUCGUUAAAUUUCAAGAAAUCAAAAUACAGGAGCAUAGUGAUCAGGUGCCCGUGGGACAUAUACCACGCACCAUGACCAUUAUGUGUCGUGGUGAAGUGACACGCAUGGCACAGCCUGGUGACCAUGUGUUGAUAUCUGGCGUUUUUCUGCCAUUGAUACGUUCCGGAUUCCGACAAAUUAUUCAGGGCUUGCUAUCGGAAACAUUCCUGCAUGCAUAUCGCAUUGUUUGCAUUAAUAAAAAUGACCAAGCCAGUGACCAAGAAGCCGAGCUCACCGCUGAAGAACUGCAAGAGUUGGCUCAAGAUGAUUUCUAUGAGCGUCUCGCCACUAGUUUGGCCCCUGAAAUUUAUGGACACUUGGAUGUAAAGAAAGCGCUGCUGUUGCUUUUAGUUGGUGGCGUAGAUAAGCGUCCCGACGGUAUGCGUAUUCGUGGCAAUAUAAAUAUCUGUCUGAUGGGCGAUCCUGGUGUAGCCAAAUCUCAACUACUCAGUUACAUAAGUCGUUUAGCGAUACGCUCGCAGUAUACAACCGGUCGUGGUUCAUCCGGUGUCGGUUUGACAGCCGCCGUCAUGAAAGAUCCGCUAACGGGCGAAAUGAUCUUGGAGGGUGGCGCACUAGUACUUGCCGAUCAAGGGGUUUGCUGCAUUGACGAGUUCGACAAAAUGGCCGAACAUGAUCGCACCGCUAUACACGAAGUUAUGGAGCAACAGACAAUAUCCAUAGCGAAAGCGGGUAUCAUGACCACCCUAAAUGCACGCGUCUCCAUAUUGGCUGCCGCAAAUCCGGCUUUCGGUCGUUAUAACCCACGUCGUACUGUUGAACAAAACAUUCAAUUGCCAGCCGCGCUUUUGUCACGUUUCGAUCUACUUUGGCUUAUGCAAGAUAAACCAGAUCGCGACAAUGAUUUGCGCCUGGCCAAACACAUCACUUACGUGCAUAGCCACAACAAGCAGCCACCGACUCGCAUCAAAGCGCUCGACAUGAACCUUAUGCGUCGUUACAUUAAUCUAUGCAAACGUAAGAACCCCACAAUACCUGACGAAUUAACCGAAUACAUUGUGGGCGCUUAUGUGGAGUUGCGUCGUGAAGCGCGCAAUCAAAAAGACAUGACCUUUACAUCGGCACGCAAUCUCUUGGGUAUCCUGCGUUUAUCCACAGCACUCGCACGUCUGCGUCUGUCGGACAAGGUUGAGAAGGAUGAUGUUGCCGAAGCGCUACGACUUUUGGAAAUGUCUAAGGAUUCAUUGAACCAGCUGCACGAGCACCAAAAGGGACAUGUGCCCAAUACAUCGGACAAGAUAUUCGCUGUUGUGCGUGAAUUGGCCGGUUCAAGUAAUACCGUUAAAAUCGCUGAUGUUAUCGAUCGCUGCACAACGAAAGGCUUCAAACCGGAUCAGGUAGACAAGUGCAUUGAGGACUACGAGGAGCUGAACGUGUGGCAAGUCAACAUGGCGCGCACAAAAAUUACUUUUAUGUAAUGACGAUUUAAUUAUGUAUAUGCAAAUGUAUGUCGCCUAAUUAGCACCAAUAAGUACAGAUAAUUCAUUUUUAUGCAAAUUCAUUAAUUUCACUUUCACCUUAGUUAUGUACAUGCUGUUUUGUAUCACUAAACUUGUCCUAUUCACAAUAAUUUCGUGAAAGUGUAUGUUUUGUCGAACUACAACAAUAAAUGUUAUGGAAAUAAAGUAAA